AUGGCCACUCUGACCGGCGCGCAGGCGAUUAGCACCGGGAAGCACUUUUCCUCCAUCCUUGCCUCAGAUGAAGUUUUGGAGAAAGAGAUCGUGGAUGCUGGUCGUAAAUCUGGAGAGGGCGCCCACCCGGGUCUCUUUGCGCCAGAGCUGCUUCUGUCAGAGUUCGAUUCUGAGUUUGCGGACAUGAAGAAUUCGGUCAAGGAUCGGUCCAACGCACAGUCGUCCUGUGCAGGACUGUUUAUCUACAAGCACCUGAAACAUGCAG